UUUUUGUCUUUAUUCGUUUUAUUAGCUAUGUAAAAAAAAAAAAACCUUAAACUGAGGUAACAAUUCGAUACAAAGACUGAAAAUGUACCUAUAAAUAAAAGGCUCACGCCCCUCUGUCACAAUUAGCCACGCGCAGAUGAAACAAAGUGUUCCCAAGAUUCGAGGUAAAAGCUUAGAAAGGAGCGGCUUUAUCUCCACAAACCUCCCAGCACACGAUUGGCUGAACUCCGUGAACGUACAGAUGUUUCUAAUAAAGUGGACGGUGAAGGGAAUCUUCUGAUAAACCGACAGGACUGAAAUUAAUGAACAUACUGUACUCUGAGGUAUAGUUUGGUAAAUAAACCGAUAGAGACUGAUAGACCAGUCGGUGCCGCCCGUAAGGACACGUGAUCGCUUUCUACACAUAAUGUUUACUCAACUUCUCUGUCUCUCUUUUUUGAAGUAAUUAUUAACCAGAGUGUGAAAAGUACAAGAGCUUAAUCGUUUGCUGAGUUACUCCUGGGAAGAAACUCGAGUGCCAUGGCUCACAGGCUGUUUGAGGAGAAACACCAUGCGUCCAUUUACCAAAAGUAUCGCAUAAUUCCACCCGAUAGGGUUUUGGAGCUUAUUCUGGACUUCCUGAACAAAAAGAAGGGACCUCCUCACGAGCUGGCUGUGGACCUGGGCUGUGGGACGGGACAGAACACUCGUCUGCUGGCGUCUCAUUUUCAAAAAGUGGUGGGUAUUGAUGUGAGCGAAUGCCAAGUGGAGGAAGCCAGAGCGGUGCCAGGGUUUGCCAACGUAACCUACAGGUCAGGUCCAGCCGAGGAGCUGCCAUUUCCCGAUGGCUCCGUGGAUUUACUGACUGCAGCGUCUGCGGCUCACUGGUUUGAUACCGAGCGUUUCCUGAAGGAGGCAGCACGCGUGUUGAAGCCUCGUGGCUGUAUUGCUCUUCUGGGCUACACUGAUGAAUUCAGUCUGCAUUAUGGCACCUGCGGUGACAAACUGAACAACAUCUGUGCAGAGGUAAAGAAAGUUCUCAAACCUUACGCUAGUCCUCGGGUGGUUCUAGCCAAUAGCAGACUGCAAGCUUUAUUUGACGCCAUACCCUUCACUGACAAAGAGAGGAUUGAAAGAAUCCCACUGAAGAUGGAGAUGACGGUUGCAGGCGUAGUCGGCUUCGUGGAGUCUUUCUCUUAUUGUCAGACCUACUUUAAGACCGAUCCCCAAGCUGCAGCUGCUCUUUUAGCGUCAAUGAUGACACGCCUUCUAGAGGAAAUGGGCGUCUCUUCACCUGACACCAAGUUAGAGUUCGUAACGGACUUCUACUGUGUCCUGGCGUGUAAACCACAGUGAAGAGAACCACUCUGUUUUGAGAGACGCGGAUCACUAGCGCACUAGUAAAAGAAAUCUACCUUAUCUACCACACAUUUGCACCAUAUUAAAUGUUAAGAUAUAGUAAACCGUGUCUAGACGACUAGUCAAAUGAUAAAAAUAAAACUUUUAUUUUGCA